AAAAGCCAGUGGAUGAGACUGAUGAAACAGAAUAUGUGUGUAAUUAUAUGAUAAACUGUAAGCUCACAUCACCUCAUCAGUUUAGUGGCAGGAUAUUUUGGCUGUUAAAUUAGCUCACUUCCGUUUCCGGUCAGCCGGCAGCUUGGAGAAGUUUGUAUCCCAUUGACGAUAACACGCCCUGAAACAUGGCUGGGAGACGAACUACACUCAAGGCCAUUGACUGGUUGGCUUUUGCAGAGAGGGUGCCGCCCAACCAGAGGACCAUGUUCAACAACUUGAAGACACGCAGUGAUGCUAUUUCAGCAAAGCUCACCUCUCUACCAGAGAAACCUGCUACCAUUGACUGGAGCUACUACAGGUCUGCUAUAGCCAAGGCAGGCAUGGUGGAUGAGUUUGAAAAAAAGUUCAACGCCCUGACGGUUCCUGAGCCUGUAGACACUCAGACAAAUCUGAUCAAUGCUCAGGAGGCAGAAGCGAACACAACAGCCACCGCCUACAUUGAAGCAUCCAAAGCUCGAAUCAUCCAAUAUGAAAAAGAGCUGGAGAAAUUCAGGAACAUGAUUCCCUUUGACCAGAUGACCAUUGAAGACCUGAACGAGACUUUCCCAGAAACAAAGCUGGACAAAGAGAAAAAUCCUUACUGGCCACACAAACCUAUUGCUGAACUGUAAAUGUGAAACUGAUCAUAUUCUAUGUCAUGUGUUUCCCCCUGAGGGAAACGUGUACAGCAUGUGUAUAAAAGUCUUAAUUUGUCCAUUCAGGAGUUUGUAAAGUGAUUUGAAAUAUGUUUUUUUUUUCCCACUGUAAGAACUGUAUGAAUGAAGUGUUAAAAAAAAGAAAAUGAAAUGUCACAUAUUUGUUUUGUUUCUUCUCUGUAAGACUUACAUGAUUCCUCAAAGCAAAUAAUGAAAAGAUGGUGAAACUUU